GGGACUCCAACUUUCAGAACAAUCAAUUUCCCUUAAGAGAGAGUGGGAGCAGGGCUGUAGUGGAUGGCACAGGACCUGGAUACUCGCAUUUUGUAACGCCGAACAGGACCGGGCAUUGGGGAUAAACCUGUGGAGAGUUUGAGAGCUGGAAUACAACCAACUUGGGGAUUUUGACAUUUCACAAACGUGAGAGGAGAGCAGCUGUGAGAAAGCAGCAGACACACAGGCCAGUCCUGAUGGCAGGCGCUUGGGGGUCAGCCUGCACUGGACUCCGGCUCUAGCAGCCCACUGGGCCCUCACUUUAACUCUAAACAUUUCACAGGACGAGUGCCCAUGAGGUCGUUGACGCUGGUCCUGCUCGUCCUGAUCAGCGUCCAGGCUGCACUCAUCAUGGGAGGCCACACCCAGGCGCAGGGGCCAGCCAAUCAGCAUGCAGCAGCGCAUCACUCACCCAAGCAGGACUCGCACUACGACGACCCGAUCCCCGACGUGGACCCCAAACUCUUCAACAAGCGGCGUUACCGCUCACCUCGCGUGCUGUUCAGCGACGUGGUCCCUGCGGAAAACGACACGGGGAGCCCCAGGCGCCCGCGGGUCCGGCGGAAGGCCAACGACUUCUUACACCGCGGCGAGUACUCUGUAUGCGACAGCGAAGAGCACUGGGUCGGCAACUUGACCCGAGCCACAGACUUAGCGGGCAACGACGUCACGGUGCUGCCGCACGUUCGCAUCAACAACGUGGUGAAGAAGCAGAUGUUCUACGAGACCACGUGCCGCGUGUCGAAGCCCGUCGGGGCCCCCAAGCCGGGGCAGGGAGCCAGUGGCGUCAAAGCGGGAACCUCUAGCUGUCGUGGGAUCGACAACAAGCAUUGGAACUCUUACUGCACCAACGUGCACACCUACGUGCGGGCGCUAACGUCCUACAAAAACCAGAUCGCCUGGAGGUUCAUCCGAAUCAACGCCGCUUGCGUGUGCGUCCUCAGCCGCAACUCAUGGAGGCACUGACUGAUAUAUUGUUUCGGCCAAUCCACUGCAGCCUCCUGUCGUAAGCCCCUCCCACCCGUCAGUAAUAACAGCAGCCGCACUGCCAACGUCGGUGAUCUGAGACUCCGCCCCUUUUCUGAUCUCUCUAUGACAUCGCAACCCAGUCCCCUCCUACCCUACCUCACUCUGUAAAUUAUUGGUCGUUUAAGUUAUGAGGACUGCAUGACAUAUUUAUAUAGUUUAUACGGUCAGAAUAUAAAUAUAAAUAUGAAUCUAUAUAUAUAUAUAUAUAUAUGUGUGUGUAUAUAUAUAUGUGUAUAUACAGUAUACAUAAAGCAAGCUUUGUUGUGUUGUUGAUGCUCUUAUUUAUUAAACACCUCACUUCAGUAUGUCAAUGCAAGACUGCUUCUGUCGUAAUCUUAUUCAAUCCCACUCACAGUUUAGCGUGAAGAGUUAAUCUCGUGGGAAAACCUAACUAUUUUACAAGGAUGUCGAUUUUGUAUUUAUUUGUACGAAAAAAAGCAAGCAUGAAGGUCCACCUCUAUACAUGACCAUCAGUGGGGCAUAAGCAGAUCGUACGAAGAUUUAGAAAUGAGAUUGUCGUUCAUAAGAAUUGCAGGUUAGACAGUAAUUCGCCAACGCGUAAAAUAGUUACGAAUUUCCAUAAGGCCUGCACACAGAGCUGCACUUAACCUUUCGUGGAUAACAUAGUCCGUGUGACUAUUUUCAGUGGAUCAAUCAUAAAGUCAUGUCGCUAAUACUUUUUGUGGGCAAAUAACAUAAAAACAAUGCCUCCAUUCGACAAUUUCUAAUUUCCGGUUUCGGUCAUCGAUGCACGUUCACGAGUGUCAGAAUGCUGUGGCACGUACUUUUUGUGAAAACUAGCCGAAUAAAACAGUUCUUUUUCUUGUCUUUUCACACAAAAAGUAUUCUGGUGGCUUCAUGAAAUCAAGGUUGAACCGCUGAUGGCACACGGACCAUUUUAACAAAGCUCUCGGAGUUCAUUAAACAUAUCAUAAUUUGUGUUCUGAAGAUGAAGGAAGAUCUUACAGGUUUCAGGUCUACAGGAGUCAUUACUGACUGCCUUUUUGGGUGAACCACCUUUUAAGAAACAUAUUUUCUGAGAUUGUUACAGUAGUGCGCUGUUCAUUUUCAGCUUUUAAAAAUUUUCCAAAAACUUUUAGAAAAUCUUUGUUUUAAGAUCAAAGUUUAAAACGAACCCCCAGUGCCAUGCAAGUAAGAGUCGAUGCUUUUAUUUAAUGCAAAUGACAUCCAUUGCUAGCAGCAUUCUCUACCGUUUAAGCUGCAGGAACGCUAUCAGAAAUUGUACUUGGGUUCAAAUCACGUAGACUUUCGCUUUGUUUCCAAACAGGAAUUUAUACUUCAAAGGACCCUUUGGAAUGAAGGAUUUCGAAGGGUACAACUGAUA